AGAAAUCUUUGGUGCUGCCAAAUCACAGCUAUGGCAAUCAUGCGCGAAGCUGCUAACAAAGUGUUAUUUCAAAGGAAAAUUUCAUUUUAUUUACCUAUUCUCCAUGGUAUAUGAGAAAAUUAAUAAGAAAAUUGAUAAGAAAGUUAUAAAGGCGAAAUCUACAGUGCAGGUGUAAAAUAAGAUCUGCACAAACUUAUAAAUGAACUGUUUUGCUGCAAAUAACGUGCUGCUAUCGCAAAUAGCAUUGUGUGUAUUUACCGGCAAAAUUUUUUAUUAGCAGAAGCGAAUCAGAAAAUUAUUACAAUUUUAUUUCACUUUGGUGCACUGAAGAAUCUGUAAUUCCUGUAUGAGCGGGUUUACCCAAACUUCGUGUGUUGAACUGCAGAUGUCUCAGAAAGCAGUUGGAAGAUCAUCAAAAACACGUGUUUUUUGUUUACAUUCUACCUCGAAGACGAUAAUGUUUCAAUUCAAUUUUAAAGUGGAAGAACAGGCCAAGGAGGAUCACAAAGACGAGGAUGAGGUGAAAAAGGAAAGUGCCAAAGAAGCCGCUCAGGUUGUUGCGUGCGAAGAAGUCUUUCCGGAAGGUUUCUCUGCGGAGGAGGAUACUUCGGCGUGUACACUCUUCAUCUCUGGCGACUUGGAGAUUCCCAUUCUAGAUCCUGUCAAAGUAAGGAAUGAGUCAGCUGAAGAGACGCACUCAGAUCUCAUUCCGGGGGUUUACGAGGGUGGCUUCAAAGUGUGGGAAUGCACACAGGAUCUCGCAGAUUACCUGGUGGAAAAUCUGAAGGGUGAGCUGAGUGGGAAAGAAGUACUGGACCUGGGUUGCGGCGCUGGACUUCUGGGAAUUGUUGCUCUCAAGUUGGGCGCGGCAAAGUGCCACUUUCAGGACUACAACAAAGACGUCCUGCAGAAGUUCACAAUUCCCAACAUCCUGCUGAAUGCCGAGGCGGAUGGGGAAGUUUCCAUUGGCAAGUGCCAAUUCUACAGCGGCGACUGGGGGAGUUUCACGGAAGCGACGGGGGACAGAAAGUUUGAUGUUAUUCUCACGUCGGAGACGAUUUACAACCCGGAAAAUAAUCAGAAGGUAAUUGAUUUAUUUGUGGGGAAGCUGAGACGUGGCGGGAAAGUUCUGCUCGCCGCAAAGACGUACUAUUUCGGAGUUGGGGGCGGCUUGAGGCAGUUCGAGGGCAUGACAAAGGGGAGAAUGGCCUGCGCGAGUGUGUGGAGGAAUUGUGAGGGUGUCUCGAGGGAGAUAAUAAAAAUUGAGCACAUGUAA